GCCAUGCACCGGAAGUGAAAUGGCCAUAUUGCUGUUUGACUCUGGGAGCGCUGCCGGUAACGGGAAGAGGCGGGGUGGACGGCUCUGAAGCGCGACGAAGGCUCUGCUGUAAGAUACCGAAAGCGGAGUCCGUCUCUGUUAUUGCCACCACCGCCGAUUUGCCGGAUUUCCCGCCCUCUCACGGUUCACUCUUCUUCCACUCAUCCUCCAUGGCAACGUGGACCCGUGAAGCUGUGCUGAACCUUUAUCGUGCACUGUUGCGUCAGGGACGUGGCUUGCGCUACACUGAUCGUGAUUUCUACUUCACCUCAAUCCGGCAAGAAUUUCGCAAGAACCAGCACCUUAAGCACCCUGAAGAUAAAGAGCGACACCUUAAAAAGGGCCAGGCUUUCUUGCGCAGCAAACUUGGAGGGCUUAUUUAGAAACUUCCUUUUUUUCCUUGUCACUUUUUUU